AUGGCUAGAGGAAAUUCAACCCUUCCCAUCUGUUUCUUCAAGAUUAUUCUUCAAACCAAUCUUCAAACUAUUAAAAUACCAAACAAGUUUACAAGAAAACACGGUGCUGCUCUACCAAAUCCAGUGAUGAUCAACCCUCCUGAUGGCACUAAAUGGAAAGUGUUUUGGAAAAACAUCAAUGGUGACAUUUGGUUUCAAAAGGGUUGGAAAUUUUUUACUCAAAAUUACUCUCUACAACAUGGUUGUUUGGUAGUCUUUAAAUAUAAAGAACGAACUUCAGAGUUAGAUCUAAUCAUACUUGGCCAGCAUGCAUUAGAAAUUGACUAUGAUUCUUCAUGUGGCAUUCUUGACGAUGAACAUGAAAACCUUGACCAUAGUGAUGAUGAAUCAGUUGAGAUUUUGAAUGAAUGGCAUAAUCAGAAGAAGCCUAGACAGAGAUCAACAUUAGCUUCUCCUAGACCACAUAAAAAAAGUAGAUGUGAGAUUGAGCAUAUUAGUCAAAGAACUACAUCAUUGAAUAGGCCAUACGAAUCUAGAGCUCGGCAAGUAGCUGAAGAAUUUAUCUCAAGGAAUCCCUUUUUCAUAGUUUUGAUCAACUCUGCUAACCUGGCAGCAAAUCGUCCGAGAGUACCAAAUUUAAAAGGGAUUAUUGAGAAUAAGACGACGAAUGUGAAGCUGCAAAUUGGUAAAAGAUCAUGGAAUCUGAAAUUGCUUCCUUCUUACAAUAGUAAAACCCACCGUUGUCUUUCGGCUGGUUGGUCGUCUUUUGCAAGGGAAAGUGGAGUGCAACCAGGAGAUGUUUGCGUGUUCGAACUGAUAAACAAGGAAGCUUUAGUUUUCAAAGUUCAUGUUUUCCAACAGGACUGUUAA